CAAAGAUUAAGAAGAAACACUUUCUUAAUCUCCCAUUAGGAAUAACGUGUGGAAAUAUGCAAAUAUCUUUUUCACACGACCAAAACCUAGUUAAAUUAAAGCUCCUAAUAAACAAUCAUUAAUCUCCUCGUAUUAAAUCUCCCUGCUGUCUCUCCUCUCCUUUCCCAGUCAUCAUCACAAGAAAGCCCUCCAUCUUUAAUGGCGAAGAACCAGUCAUCCUCAGAGGGGGGAGUGUGUGCGAGGCUUUACAGAGCUGUUAAUUGCGGCGGCUCGGCUUUCAAAUCCCACCGCCGUGGUUCUCCUCCUCCGCCGCGGAGCUCAGCCGCGCCGCCGGAGAUUCCGGUGGUGUUCAACCACGGCCAAGUCGACACCGCCGCCGCCGCGGCGAAAAAUCGCCCGCCGGUUAAAGAAAAGAGGGUGAGUUUGGCCUUGGAUGAGGAUCACCAUCAUCAUCACCAUCACGAAGCGCACUUCUCGGAUUACAUUACUCGCGUGAGGGCUCGGAUCAGCAGAAGCCUGACGCAUGCAGGCGGCGGCGGCGAAGGCGGCGGAAAUGAGCGGAAGGCGACGGCGGUGCGGAGGGAUAGCUUCAACGACAAGGUUUCUAAUUACAUCCACCGUGCCAGGCUCAGUAUCCGGGCCACGUCCAACGUGGGGGAAGGUAAAAGCAAUUAUUGAAUCUUGAAUAUUACCUGCAGGGUUUGAUGAGAUUAAGACUGCAGAUGUGUGUGUGUGUGUGUGUAUGAAUAAAGGUGAGGAUUUUAUGUGUGUUAUUGAGAAAUUUGAUGCCAUGUAAUAAAGCCAGGAUUGAGGGUACCGUGCAGUGUGUAUUUAAUUUUGGGUUCUUUUGUUUAUAUGGAGUAAUUAUUUUUGCACUA